UCAGCUCCCAUAUCAGGUGGAUCAUCCUUUAUUUGCUGACUCCCUGAUUGGAAGUGGUCAGCUUCGUUCAGCUUGUGUUUUCGCUUCUUGGUCCUUACAACGCUUUCUCUUUUCUCUCUCAAACAUGGAGUCCUCUGCCAGCUCCACUGUUCAAUCCUCGCUUCCAGAUUCGCCAUGUCGAAUUGUAUUCGACCUAACGAUGGAUUUAAUUUUGCUCCGCCAGGUAAUGGCACACCCCAAUCCAUUCGUCCGUGGUUCUCCAGCUAUGGAUAACGUAGCGGAUGAACUAGCCAAACAGGAUGCUGCACGCUUCGGGUCGCUAACGAAAAAGAGCGUUCGAGAUAGGCUGAUGAAAAUGCUAGAACACCAUGCCAAAGGCGAUGCCUGGCGUAGACGACAAUCUGGUUCCGCCGAAGAUUACACGGAAAAAACCCAACUGUUGACGGAGCUCACUCAGGUCUAUGCUGAGCGCAGUAUGCCUCAGGAGCGUGAAGCCGCUGCUGCCGUAACGUCAAGAGCCGUAGCCCUCCAACUUCGCGACAGCGCCUGCCGCACUUUGGGCGGCAAGGGAACAUCGGCUUCCACAUCAACCAGUAGCAGUGAUACUGCUGCAGCCUGCACUGGCCACACAGCAGCAACAACCACCACCAUCACAGAAACAACCACCGCAGCAGCAGCAGCUUCAGCAACAGUAGCAGCACCAACAAAGAGUGCAGCAGCAGACGAGCCUGCAGCCAAGCGUCGGCCGACUGGAGCAAGUGCCAUCAUGGCUCCAGUCGUCGACUACCUCAAGGAAAAAAACGACCGUGACCGUGAUAUCCAGGGCAAGAACUUGGAUUUGAAGAAGGACGAGCUUGACUUCAAGCGUGAGGAGUUGAGGGCAAAGCAGGAAAUGCAAAAGCUAGAGCUCGCAGCAAAGGCCGAAGCAAAUGAGAAAAAAGAUGCUGCAGACCAGCGCAAAGAUGCAGCCAUGAUGUCCAUGAUGAAGAUGAUGAUGGACAAAAUGAAAUGA